AUGUCCAGGUCUCCUUAUCUUCAAGGAGCAACCAUCAAUCCUGCCGAGGAUUUUAGGAGGAUGAGGAGGAUCGUCGCUGAAGAUCUCGACUGGACUCUGGUCAUAGUGCCUUGUUUAUCAAAACUGUGUCUGCAGAGCUUCAUCAGAAACUUUGAGGGUACCUUUUUUUUCACUGUCGCUAAUUUGCACACUUCCUCCUGAUUUAUAAAAAGUUCAACUUUUUUUUCUUCUUUCAAAAUGUGAACCUGUUACAGAGAAACCCAUAUUUGAAGAACUGUCCCCCACCCAGAGGGACUUUGUGCAGGAGGGACUAUCAACUUCCCUGCCUCUGAACCUGACAGCCAACCUCAUCAGUGAUGGAGUCUUCUGGAAACGAUGCUGUGAGGAGCGGUGGGACUUAUGUGAUGUCUCACAUUACGGCCACAGCUGGAAGCGAAUGUUCUUUGAGAGGCACAUGGAGAAUAUAAUUGAGCUUUUUAUUCCAUAUUCAACGGAGGAAAAGACGGUUCUCGAGAUGGUACCUCUUUGUAAGAACUACGUCAAGAGGCUGAACAUCUCCCAACUCCUGCCGCCAAUCAGAGAGCCAGAGGGGGAGGAGGAGGACGAACUUGGCUUAGAUUCGCCGUACCAAAACGAGAACGAAGGACAGAGCAUGGACCAUUUCAACUUUAAAAUCUUGCUCAGUAAGCUAACAAACCUGGAAGAGCUCCAUUUGGUGUACAAGGUCAAUCAGUGCGGCAUGAACUUUGAAUGGCAGAUGUUUGAGAUGACCGACAAAGACUGUAAAUCCCUCGCUUCUGCCUUGAAAUCUUGCAAGACUCUGAAGGUGAAUAUUGAUCAUUUCAAGCCUGUUGAUCUAAAGAACUUAGCAAACAAAAUCCUCUGACCUUCUCACGAGUAAUAAAACGUCAUUUACAGACAUUUUGACAGUCCCCUGUACCAUGAAACGAGGAAAUUCUUUUAGGCAUCACCCAAGUAUUACAUUCAUACUCUAUUCACAUCAAGGCAGAGACAGCAGAGCCUUUGGCUGCAGCCUAAAUAAGUCACUAUAUGACACAACAUUUUUGUCAUCAUGUUUUACCACAGCAUGAGAACAUUACAUCCAUCAGCCAGUCUCUGUGCUGAGAUAUGGAAACUGCAAGAUUACUGCAGAACAUAAUCAGAUCAUUAAGUUUGAUUCACUAAUUGUUACAGCCUUCAUUGAUAUUUUGUCAGUCUUAACUUAUAUGAGGUCCUGUCCUGUUCAGGCAUUUGUAGGUGUGAGAAUUUGUGUUUUCAACCCUUUUGCCCUUUAAUAUUUCAUCUUUACCAUUGCAGGUCCAUUUUUUUGUUUGUGCUUCUCACCGUUUCCUCUUCCUUCGCAGAUUUUAAGGCUCCAUGAAAGCCACAUCGAGGAUAAAAAGUGCCUGCUGCUCGUGAAACACCUUUUGGACCACCCGUCCCUGAGAGAACUCGACUUUUCUCACAACCUGAUCGGAGACAAGGGAGCCAGAGCUGUCGCCAAACUGCUCAACAAAAGUCAACUGGAGACCCUGAAUUUGUACGACAAUGAUAUUAGAGACCAUGGAGCCAAAGCUCUAGCUCAUGCCUUGGCCAAGAACCCGACUCUUCAGUCCCUCAACCUGCGUCUGAACCGUGUCGGAGAUGAGGGGGGUCAGGCUAUUGCAAACGCCUUACUGAACAACAAAACCCUUUCUCAUCUGCACCUGGGAGCCAACAAGGUGACGGAGCCGACAGUCAUCACACUGGCUAAAGUGAUCGCUCAGAAUAACACCCUAAAGAGCAUCAAUAUUUCCUGCAACUGCCUGGGUGAGGUAAGUCAAGCGCUAAAUCUAGAUCACUGAUAUGAGGGGGAAUAGAUUGAAACUCUGUACGGUUAGUGUAGAAAAUCUAGAUCCAGACUAACCAGAUUGUGAUUUUAACAUAACGAGUUGCUGCAGUUUGACUCCUUUUUAAUCUUUCUUUUCAACAGCAGAAAAAAAACAUUAAGAAAACUUUAAAUCAGGACACUGAAGGACUGUUCUCAUUUGUUUCCCUCACCCUAAAGCAGCUGUUCCUCCUCCUCCUUCUCCCUGUGAACACAUGGUACAGUGAGAGCAGCAGGCGGAAAAGCUUGAAAGUACACAGGUUUUUAAUUAUUCAUAGAUAUGUGUGGAAAAACAUGCAAUAAAGGAAAGCUAAGUAAGCCAGCGCUGUUUCCUGGGUGAGAGGUGGAUCUGAUUCUCCUCUCUCGUUGCAUGUCUGACGGGGAUAAACUGUGGAGGAUCAAAAAUCACCCACAAAGCAGAAAAUGCAACGCGCUGUACCGUCAAUAUCUCUGACCUUGGUCUGCAUCUCAGAAAUAGAGAUGCUUGUUUCAGACGUAACGAUGAAACAGCGGUGACACUCAGUGUGGGCUGUUCUGGGCAGAAAGAGCAGAGGGUUGAUUUUUGUUUUCAAUGUUGUCACGACUAUAUCUUAGCUAUGGAUGUAUGCAUCAGUGCCAAAUGUGUGUGACUGUUCUCGCUCUCUUUCUCUGCCUCUGUACAUGUUUGUGAAUGCAGGAUGGAGGUAAAGCUCUGGAGGAGGCGAUGUCCUACAACACCAGCAUAACAGAGUGUGAUGUGUGCCUGACAGGAAUGGGUGAGCAGAGCGUUUCCUUCAUCAACCAGGCAGUUUGGACCAACAAGAAAAACGCUAUUUAG